CAAACACGCAUGCUUGACCUUUACCAAUUUAGAUCAUAUAUAGAUCAUCUGGAUACAAUGGAGCAGCUACACCUUAAAUAAAAGCUCAUUCUUCAUUUUGUAUCAUUCUUAGAAAGUUAGGAACAACACUUCAUGAAAAGACAUAAUGGCUCUCCUAUUCGUUUGCCUUGUAUUGCAGUUAGUUCUCCUCUGCCCUUCUACUAAUGCUGCUGAGAAUUAUUCCUGCAUCAGUGAUUAUGAUGAAUUAAGGAAGGCACUCCGUGACAAUGACACAAACAACAUUCAAACGUUAUUGAAUGUGUUUUAUACUCCAAACAGACAGGAUAUUCAAGUUGCUGAAAUCGUGUAUUGCGUUAGUGAAAACAAGACAUAUUGCUCUACAGAUGAAGUAUUCCAGUUCAAAUGGGCAGCCAGUGCUCUGUUGCUUAUACAGGAGUAUGAGCUUAUCGAUGCUUUGGUUUUUGACUUGUUUAAGUUCAACUAUACAACAGCUUUGUUAAUUAUCAGUCCGCCAUUUUGUGAUGAUGUCAAUGAAAAUGAUAAACUGAGUAAUCUUCAACUCUUAACAACAUGGAUAAAACAUCUUCCUCACUCAGGUGACAACAAUGGAUUACAGAAUUAUGCAGCAUAUUUCAACACUACAACAAACACCAUUGAUGUUCAAGUAUACCAUAUAAAAGAUCUACAUUGGUCAUUACUGUUACUGAAGUAUGUUGCUAUAGCUACUAUCUUCAUAACAUUACUGCUUCGCAUCAUUUGGCCUAACAGCUUUGCAAAUGAAAUUGAUAUAAAAUUAGACAAAAUUAGCAAAACCUUUUCACUGAGUAGAAUAUCGAAUUUCAUUAAUAGAAUGACAGAGGAUAUUAAUGAUAGCAACCAAAGUAAUCGCUCAAAAACAAGUAAAAAAAAAAGCUUUGAAUAUACAUUAUCAUACUUUCUAUUGCUGGUUGGUUUUAUUAUAUGGGAUUCGAUUCAAUACAACCAAUAUCAAAAAUUAGAUUUAACAAAUUUAACAGAUUGGUACCUCUUUUUUCCAAUUCCUUAUAUUGCACCGAUAGUUAUUGGAGUCAGUUUUGUCAUAUCUAUUUUUUGGAGUGGCAUACUACUAUGUUGUCACAGUCAAAAUACCUCAUCAAGUCCUGAACAUUCAAGUCAAAGUCCUCGAGUUACCUCAAGUCAUGACACUACCUCAACUUCUAACACUACCUUAACUUCUAACACUACCUUAACUUCUAACACUACCUCAAGUUCUGAGAGUACUCAUGCUUUAGCAGAAUUAGCAGGUUUGCCACCUAAUAAUACCAAUGACUCACCUACCCAUAAUAUUUGCACUUGUCGUAUUCGUGACUUAAUACACUUUCCUAUAUUAACUGGUUUGGGUGUUUUCUUUGUAUUUCAUGGCAUAUGGAUGCUACUAAUGCUUAGUACCUACGCAACAAUUGUCAUAGUAAGAAGCUUAUUCAUAUUGCCACUCUUUUGCUUCGCAAUGGCAUUACUUCCAAGAUUGAUCAAAGCGUUUUGUAAUUUUUUAUUGAUUCACACUACAAAAAGGAGUGGUAUAAGAAACUAAAGGGCUGCAUUAAGGAAUGUUUCAAAUGCAAGAGAUAUGAUGAAUGCCACAGUAAGUGUAAGAAAUGUAAAAAAUGCAAGACAUGUAAAAAUUGCAAUAAUAAAACUGAAAACAACCCUAACCCACCAAAUAAUCAUUACAACUGUAAAAAAUGCAUCAAAUGUGAUACAUGCAAGGAGCGUAAACAUUACAAGGAUUGUGAACAUUGCAAGGAUCUUGAACAAAAUGAUCAAUCCAAGAUGUGUAAAGAAUGUAAAAUGAGUACAUGUGAUCAUUGUCAAAGGUGUAUACAUUGCAAGGAGUGUACACUUUGUGAAGAUUGUAAAAAUUGUAAAGAAUGCAAACAAUGCUGUUCAUGCAAUCUCAGUAACUAUUUUAAGCUAUGCAUAGAUUGCAUGAAUGAGAGAAAAGAACGUAAUGCUAAGAACGUAACAGCUAUAUAUGGUUUCAUCAUCAUUGUGGUAAAUGCAGUACCUCUGCUUUUAGUGCUUCACUAUGGAUCCAACUAUAUACUUGUUGUCACUGACCUCAAUGAUAAUCUACUGACACUUUUAAUAGCACUAGCAGUUCUGGUGGGAUUUCCAUAUUACUUGAUCUUACUAUGGGGUAGUGGUAAUGGCAAAAAUGAUGGCAAAGCAAAUUAGCGGCUUGUCCUUGAGAGAGAAAAUGCUCAACUGAUCAGAAACCAAGGACAACCAACAAGUAGAACUGAAGAGAAUAUUUAGUGGUAGAUUGAAAGUUUACUACAAAUUUUUUGUGCUUAUUUUUUUAGCUGCUAUUACUAUAGGAUACGUAACUUCUUGUGCUGUCUUUUAUUAUUAUGGCUACCCUUAAUAUUAAUGCUAUUCUUUAAUUAAUUUUUUAAAACUGAUUUAUCUUUAAGCUUCGCUAUUCUUUGAAUAAAUAAGAUUUUUUUGAAAUGAGCAUGAAAAUU